GAAACUUCGGUGAUUAGCCGAAACUAACAAGUAGUCCAUACAGUUUCGCGUUAAAAUUCCGCAGCUUUACUGCAGUGUUUUCGUUUGGUGCAUUGUUGUAGAGUGGCUCCGUAAAACAGGCCCGAUCCGGGCUCUGAACAGAAAAUGGGAAUAGUUGUAAGGCAACUACCUGAACCGAUCAUGUCCAGUGUCGGUGUCCACGCAAUGACACAGCAACAGCAACCCAACGCUAUAGCUAGCAAUGGAGGGCCAGCUACCAAAAAAGUGCUUUCGAAUGGAAGUUCAGGUGGACCGACACCUGCAGGUACUCCCGUUCAAAAUGGGACCAGUCUACAAGGUUCGAGUCCUCCUCCUUUAGCUAAUGCCCCCAAGUAUGGCACGCUCGUGCCUAAUCGCAUAUUUGUGGGCGGCAUAUCGUCUCAUACCACUGAAGGGGAAUUGAUGCAAUUGUUCUCAAAUUAUGGCACUGUGAAGGCGACUAAGAUUAUCCAAGACCGAGCUGGAGUUUCCAAAGGAUAUGGCUUUAUUACGUUUGAGACCGAGGAAGAUGCUCGCCGCCCGCUGCGCGAUCCAGACAACAUUGUACUGCGCGAAAGACGAUUAAACAUCGCGCCUGCUAUUAAAAAGCAACCCUUUGGUCGCCCACCCACUGCUUCUCCCUACGAUACUCAUGGGCAGGCUGAUGGACGCUCGCCGGCACCCGCCCCCCAUCCGGCCGCCCUGCAGCAGGCCAUUCCGCCCUUUUUCUUCAGCAGCACCCCGCACUUCUAUCCGAGCGGUCCCGCUUAUUACGCAUCGGCCCCCGUGCCAACCAUGACAGCCGCCCAAGCCCAGGUUCAAGUGUCUCAAGCUGGACAAGAGCAGGCGGCUGCAGCUGCACAGCAGGCUGCAGUUUAUCAAGCGCCUCAGGUUUACCAGACUCAAGCCGGGCAUCCGCAGGCAGGUCCCUAUGCUUCCAUGAUGUACCCCCAGGCGUUCUAUAUGCCGCAACAGUAUCCGAUUUUGCCGUAUGACUAUCCAUUGUAUGGAGCUGGCGCAGGUGCGCCAUCAGUCAAUGGUGGGAUGCCUCCGCCCUUUGGACCGCCUGGGCCGCCUUCAAGCGGAGGUUCUUCGCCUCCUCGAGGACCCUGCUACGCGCCAUCUACCAUUCCCGCAGAAACUACCAUCGUCUACACCACUGGACCUCCUCCACCUCCCAUUUUCCACCCGGCAAUGGACCCGAACGCUGGAGUUGGUGCUCCCCUUUACGCUCCAGCCGAGGUUCCGUUCGAUCACAUGGCUCAUGCUGCUGCUAUGGGACACUUUGCACCGAUGCCACCACCAUAUCUCAUCAACGAGGCAGCGCAGCCCCCGCAAUCGUUCAAUCCACCAAUGAGAAGACCGCGUAACAAGGCGCCGCGAAGAAACACCGGAAAUCCUUAUGGUACUCACGAGAUUGGUGCUGGAGACGCCCCUUUGCCCAACAAUCAGGAGGAUGGGCUGGUGGCCCAAGUGGAGGAACUGAAAUUGUAGUCGCAGUUCUACGAAGAGCCGAUGUGAAAGUACAAUGGAUUUUUUUUAAGUAAACGGAGAUGUGCGGGAUUUAGAGUUGGCUGCCCGUACUACCAGGCUACAUUAGUAAGGUCUACAUUUUCGUCUUAAGAAGUAGUGGUUUGAACUUUCGCUCGCUAGUAGUCGUUCUUGUAAAUCCGGCCACAUCUUUGCCAACUUCUAAACCAAUCUUUUUGAACUUGAAAAAAAUUGCUUACCAAUGUACCAGUCGGCUCUAAACCAGUGAUCUCAUAAGCAGUAGAGUGUAAGGCGACAUUUUCAAGGCACCAUUGCAAGUUUGGACGGUAAGUGCAGAAUUUUUCCUCAAAAUGCCUGUGAAUGCCAUUCGCUAUACAAAACAAUGACUUUGGCUGAUGACUGUAUUUUGUCGUCCGUUGUGCCUUGAAGCCAGUCGCUUUACUUUCUCUACCCUGUACUAUAUGAUAGCGGUAAUAUACUUAAGCGACCGUGAA